UAUCUACUCUGCAAGGCCGCAGCACGACUUGAUCCGUUCCUGCAAUGAUGCCCUUUGAGCUCCUAAGCCCUAAACCGGUAAACCCUAAAUGCUUGUGAGAUGGAGGAGACUCCUCCAUGCAAGCUCGAGUAGGACUAAACCGUCGCGCAAUUCAAACAAAAAUCCGGGGUCUGCAACCCUCCGUUGCUCUCAGCUCCGUCUUAGCCCUGAGAUAGUUGAUACAACGGUCUCCAAUUGCCCCUCGGACGCAAUCGCGCUCAGCUUUUUCCUUUGGGCCGCUCACCAGCGCAAUUACUUCCACGCUCCCAGCUCCUUCGAUAAGAUAAUUCCCGCCAUCGUCCGCCUCUCCUUAAGGUUCGGUUUCGUGAAUAACAUCGUCCGGCAUCUCGAGUGUCUCGGUUGUUCCAUAAAGGCGCAAACUUUCUUGGUAUUGCUUAGGAUUUACUGGCGAGCUAAAAAGUUUAGGUUUGCACUUGAAGUGUUCGAGGAAAUGUGCAGACGAAACUACGAACCCAACACUUAUAUCAGGAACAUAGUUCUCGACAUACAGUUCAAGAGUGGGAAGUUCGAUGAAGCAAUGGGAAUUUAUAGAGAAACCAAGUUCCCAAAUUUUCUCACUUUUAAUAUAGUUCUUCGCAAUUUUUGUAAGUUAGGUGAUUGGAUCAGUGUUCGGGGUUUGUUGAGAGAAAUGGUUGGGAGAGACUUUUCCCUCAACGAGGGGACCUUUGUAAUGGCCCUGGAUUGUUUCUGCAAGGCCGGAAGACAUGUGGAGUUGCUGCAGUUGUUAGCUUUACUGGUAGUUCUAGGGAGGCAUGUUUCGGUGACCAUAUGGACAAUUUUGAUUGAUUCUUUCUGCCGGACUGGAAAAGUUGAGAUGGCAUGUGAGCAUUUGAGGAAGAUGGCAGAAGCUGGUUGCCCACAUACUGUUGUCACCUAUACGUCUUUUAUCAAAGGGCUUUGCGAAGCUCAAAUGCUUGGGGAGGUGCCAUGUAUCUUAAAUGUUAUGCAUUCUAAUGAUUGCCACCCUGAUCUAGUUUUAUACAACUUUCUUAUUUCUUAUCUAUUAAAGAUAGGAAGAUUUGAUGUCGCGAUUGAUAUUUUCCUUAUCCUUCGAAAGAAGAAAGUGGAGCCGGAUUCAUACACUCUAUCUUCUUUGGCUCAAAUAUUUUUUUCAUCACAAAAAAUAAGUUUGCUUCUUGAAUUAACAGCUGGAUUAAAAUUUAAAGAUGACGUUGUGUUUUAUAAUUCCUUAAUCGCCGGUUACUGCAAGGCUGGUCUUCCCUCUGAAGCUUUGAUGUUAUACAAUAUGAUGAUUGAUAGAGAACUCAUUCCAGACAGUUAUAGUUAUACUGGAUUGCUGAGCAGUCUCUGCAGGUUAGGAAGAACGGAGCAUGCUCUUUAUGUAUAUUAUGAAAUUCUUAUGAGUAAUCCUGAUGUUGAUGCAUAUGUCCACUCAGCAAUCCUAGAUGGACUAGUCAAGAACAGGAAAUAUCACAAAGCUAUUUGGUUAUUCCGGAAAGCUGUUUUGAAGAAUUAUUGCAUAGAUGUUGUUUCUUAUACCAUUACUAUUUAUGCGCUUUCCAAAAGUGGUAGAUUUGAAGAAGCUCGAGCUUUGUUUGAAAAGAUGAAGCAUUUUGGUCCAGACCCUAAUAUUUAUACAUACAAUGUGAUGCUUUGUGGCUUAUGUAAGAGUAGAGAUUGGGAUGGAACAAAGAAGCUAGUGAAGGAUAUGAUGGCCACAGGGAUUGAGAUGGAUUGCAUUUCUGUGAAUGCUGUUGCCCAUGUUUUAAUUAAAUUAGGUCGCGUUAAUUUAGCCCUUUUUAUGUUGAAGAAUUUGCAUGUUCAUGGAAUGAGCUCAAUGAAAGCUACUUAUUUCCAUCUUUUUGGAGGAUUUGAUCAUGUCUGCAUUGAUGAGUCAGAUUCUUUUUAUCCAAGGUUGAUGUACUUUGAAAAUUCUUGUUUUAUUGAGAAUGGGGAAACUGGUUCUCAUUCACCUCAAGAGCUUCUUGUGUCAUCUGGAAGCUAGGUUGUUGCCGUAACUUUAGGUGCGACAUAAGGAUGAUUGCAUUAUUACUGUGGAGAAAAUCUAGAUUCUGGUAAGAUCAUGAAGUACUGGGCUCUUGAUACUUCUGGACUCUUACUGCAUGAAAAGGCCUUCUCUGCACUCUGAAGCAUUGAGGGAUGGUUCUACUUCUGAUAAAUUGAGGCUAAAAUCCUGGUUGGGUUGAAAUUGAAAAGGUAAGUGAUGAUUACUCUUAUUGUGCACCCAUGCAGCUUUCCACUGUUUUAUUUAAGUUCUAAUACUAUAUGAUCUGCUCUAUAUAUUUUUUUACAAAGUUUAUGAUUUUCUGAGCAAUUGGCGCCUUUUAUCAUUUCUGAUUUCCUUAUUAAUCUAAUUGAUGCCAAUUUUUAUGCUUUUCUUAUAAAAAACUCUUUCUUCUGUGAUUUUUUUUUUGUCUCUCUUAACUUUCUUUUGAUUAACUGGAGCUUUACUUAUCAAAACAAUUGUUAUUAUUGAAUGGUAACUUUGAAGGUACAUUUUUGACUGAGUUAACCUCACCAGGCUUAGCCAUUCUAAAAUAUGAAGGAUUCUGAACUUCUGUGAUUUAGCUUCCUAAUGUAUUAGCAUUCUUGAGAGGACCACAACAAUGCUAACCCUAUCUACACAACGAAAAGAUGGUCCUCAAACUGCUUUCAGAAAAACAUGCUCUCUGAAUGUGAAUGUGUGAGAAAGUCUGAACUGGAUUGACACUGUAAAUCUGUCAAAAAUCCGGAAGAGAAGAAAAUAAUCUAGAAUUUAUUAGUUGCAAGUCCGAAUGACAUCAAUAAUGAGUACAAAGACAAAGAGACAAAGGCUAAUCAACUAGAAUUAGUCAAGACAAGUCUUCUAGAAGGCUGAAGAUGUUUGGAGGUGGAUCUUGCUGCAGAUUUCUGGGUCAAUGAGAAGAAAAUUUCAGUUCUUUGUGGCUGGCUGCAGCUUUCUUGGUGAAUGGCAAAAGCAUGGUUCUAAAAACUGGACUGGCCAAUGAACCGGAUGAAGGAGAGGUUGAAGGUUCAAAGGUUGAACCGGGAUUGAACUGGAAAAUGCAAUAAAUACUAAUUUUAUUUAAAUAUAAUAUCAUUGAUGUAAUAAUGAUACAAUCAAUUAAAAUAUGUGACAAAAUAAACAAUUAUGAAGCAUAUAAAAUAGUGUAACACAUUAUUUUUGAAAA